ACUAGCCCAGUCCAGCCUGAAAAGAACGAACGUCUUUGGAGCUUCAGCUUUAGCUCAUUGCGUUCUCGUAUUCCCGUUCCUUCUCAGCUGUGAUUGUAUUUUUAUCUUUCGGUGGCCCCUCCUUCGUUUAUUAUUUCUUCUUAUCUUACUUUUCAUGCCCCCGAAGGCGUGCUCAACUUUUACGCCUGAUUUUCUCUCGUACCUUGUGGUAGCUUGAUUUGUUUGACUUGAACGCCUCGCUCUUUCUCGAAUAAUAAGACGCUCAUUCCAUAUCGCUUGCCAUUAACUGCCUUGAACUUACACUCAUUAUCGGACCUAUGAAAACUAUCAACUUACUGCCAGCACCAAAAAAGACUUGAAUCAAUCUUCCAGGAGAAGACUAUCGCUGAGCGAUCAAGAAUCUUAAGCAUAUUCACAUAGACACCAUACACCAUACCCAUCAUCGACAAUAGACACAUCAUGAAGUUCUUCGCCUUGGCCAGUUUGGCUUCUGUAGCCAUUGCUACCAAAACGCCUCCCAGUUCACUCGACACUGCAAAUCCAGAUUCAAUCCGAGAUGUAGCAGGCACCCUCGCCUUCGAUGCCAUGAAGUACUACAGCGGCAACACAUCAUCAGUACCCAAAGAUCUCGGCGACCUUCAAGAUCCAUACUACUGGUGGGUAGCUGGUGCCCUAUGGGGUGUCAUGCUCGACUACUACCACCUUACCGGAGAUUACAGUUACAACGAUGUGGUCAUCCAGGCUCUUCUGGGGCCUACAAAUCUCGGCACUGGUAAGGACUACAUGCCUGCAGAGCAUGCCGACGAGGAGGGUAACGAUGAUCUCUUCUUCUGGGGCUCAGCCGUCCUCUCCGCUGCUGAGCGAAACUUCCCUCAGCCCAACAAGGACCUCCCAUCGUGGCUCGAUAUCAGCAUCAACGUAUUCAACGAGCUUGUGGGUCGAUGGAAUACAACAGCUUGUGGUGGCGGCCUCUUGUGGCAGAUCUACCCAAGUAACCCGAAUGGCAUGACAUACAAAAACUCGGUCAGCAAUGGCGGUUUCUUCCAACUCGCUGCACGUUUAGCUCGUAUCACUGGCGAUAACAAAUAUCUCGACUGGGCUCUUAAAAUCUGGGACUGGUCCUGGGAAGUGGGCUUCAUCGAUCACCGCAAUUAUCACGUUUAUGACGGCGCCAGUGUAGAAGACAACUGCCAGAAGACAACAUACCAUUCUUUUACUUACACCAGCGGUAUAUAUCUUUAUGGCGCGGCGGUUCUCGCCAACUACACUGAGAAGCCAGAAUGGGUCGACCGCUCAAAGCGUCUCCUAGAGGGCACCGAUUGGUUCUUUUCGCCGUUUCCCAACGCGACCAACGUCAUGUACGAAGCUGCCUGCGAGACCGUCAACACAUGUAACGACGACAUGUCCACCUUUAAGGGUUAUCUGUCACGCUUCAUGUACCUGUCUAUUCAGAUGCAGCCCGCUUUGAAGGAGCAUGUCCAUGCUCAUCUCCUCCCAUCGGCCAAGGCUGCUGUCCAAACAUGCACAGGAGGGAAGUCUGGCCGUGAGUGUGGUAUGCGAUGGUAUAACUCGGGUUUUGAUGGAAAUCCCGGUCUUGGGCAGCAAAUGUGUGCUCUUGAAGCUGUUCAGGGCCUGCUGCUAAGUGAUGCUCCUGCGCCGCUCAAGGGCGAUGAUGUCAAGGUUGUCCGCAGCACAGACUGGGCUGCCAUGAAAAAGAAUGAGUCCAAAAUUCAGAGUACACCAACAUCCUCAUCAGAGACAUCAUCAGCAACUGCAGCUCAGCCUACCAAGAGUGAGGAUGCUGCCAGUCUCCCCCGAGUGGAUCUCGUCCUGGCUUCUGUCAGUAUUGGAAGUGUCCUGAUGUUCUUGGGAUGGGCCUAAAAAUGGUGUUGGAUUUUUAUUAGAUCUUAUAGAUAUAGAAUGGAACUGGCGUCGGGUAUUUGGAUAACCGGUCUGAGAGACUACUUCGGUAUAAAACGCUCGUACUCUGAGCGUUGCUUUUAUUAAUUCCACGAGAUUACGUCUAGAAGGUCUGGAUUUAACGUAGAACGCCAUCGUUUUAUCGUCCUUUUCCUAUUUGGUGCUCCAGUUUAUGAGCCUCUCACCUCAGCCAACGUCGUCUUUAGUGACUCCAGAAAUCUUGUCACCUCGGCGUCCGUGCCGACUGUAAUUCGUAGGCAUCCUUGGCAUCCGUGCUCUUUGCCUCUGAAUCGCACAACAACACCCUUACCCUCAGCAAGCUUCUCAUAUACGGCCAACGCGACAGUGUUAUCCGGCUCGCUUGCAGUGUUAAGCAUUUCGUAAAGCAAAAAGUUGCUUUCAGUGCCACCUCGUAGACGGCCGACACCGGGAAUGUUGGGAAGUUCCUUGAUAAGACGAUCACGCUGCUCUAGGAGGCGUGCACGAUGGUCUCGCAUAAUAGCGAGUCCCUUCUCGGAGACAGCGUAGGACGCAAGGGCACUUGUAGGGCUGGAGAUGUUGUAAGGGGCCUUGAGACUGUUGAGAAGUCGUGCAAUCGGGGGCGAUGUGAAUGCAGCACCGAGUCGGAUGCCAGCCAUACCAAAGGCUUUGGAGAGGGUUUGCAUAACGACCAGGUUAGGAAACUCGGUCACCCAUUCAGCCAGAGAAGCAUCUUCGGGGGCAAAGUCGAUAUAUGCUUCGUCGAGAACGACAACGCCGUUCCAUGUCGGGUGAUCUAGAAUCUGCUGAACGUCGGACUUUGCAAGGACUGAACCAGUGGGGUUUCCAGGCGAGCAAAGGUAGACAAGUUUGAUGUUAGACUCUUUUGUCAGGGCUUCCAUGACAGCUGGAACGUCUAUGCUGAAGGUGGGGGCUUCUAAAAGGGGAACUUUGACGAGAGCUACAUCGUUGACCUGUGCAGACACGGAAUACAUGCCAUACGUAGGCGGGCAUGUAAGGAUGCGGUCCUUUCCAGGAACGCAGAAGCAUCGCAGCAGGGCAUCGAUAGCCUCAUCACUACCAACACCCACAAACAAAUUCUCAGGCUUGAGCGUCUUAUCUGUAUGGGCGUGGGUGUUUCGCAGCUCGCAGAGCUGCUGCUUCAACGGCUCCUGGUGAGGAUCAGGAUAACGGUGCAGGCCCAGCAAGUCGACCUCCACACCAUUGGCAGUCUUCCCUGCGACGUCCGCACUCAGAGAAGGGCCGUACGCGUUCUCAUUUGCGUCGAGAAGGAUAUUGGUGCCGUCAUCCUUGUAGUCGCUGCGGAAAGUUAGUCGUUGCUCUAAUGCGGGGGAGGGGCAACAUGCUCUCGCGCGCAGCGAUAUGGCUGGAGGGCCAAGAUGUUUGGCCUGGCACAGCUUUCGAGGUUGAAGGGGGCCAUUUUGUUGGUGACUUAUCUCCUGAUGUACUGAGGAGUAAUGAGGAUGCGUGGCUCUUUAAGAUGUGG